AUGUACAAAAAAUGUACAACAAUGAGGCAGCGAGAUGAAAGGAAGUUUGACGAAUAUUCUUGGUGGAAAACUUCUUCCAGCAUUUUACAUCAAAUCAAUGACGGUUUCGAUUCUCGCAUAUGUUUCGUAAAUUUUACUCCGUACUUUCUUUGGCAGUACCAAAGAGACGCGAUGUUAUGA